CUUUUGUUAAGCACACUGCCAGCUUUCCUCUGCUGCCCAACCACCGUCAACACGCUGACCCGACUGCAAAGGAGAGAUGGAGCUUCAGACCAUGCAGGACCGUUCCGCGACCACUGACGACGGCGUGUCCGGAGGAGCAUCUUUGCCUGUGGCCGUCGGCCAGUCAGAGACUCGGUUGGGUUUGCCGUUUCAACGUCCAUCUCAUCGGAGACAAGACACCACACCAUGGUGGCGUUUGUUUGUUCAGAUACGCUGGGGCUCCAUUCUGGCGGUGGUCCCGACGCUCCUCUUGGCCGUGGUUGUCAUCCAAAACAUCGUCUUCUUCCACUUCAACAGGCCUCAGGACAUCGUCAAAGAGUUGGGCGCGCUGGUGGCGACUUUGCCCAACAGCAUCCCGGACCACAACUGCACCGACUUAGCCUGCCACUGGGCGGCACUGCAGACGGCAUUGGCAGAGCUGAAGGCAGGUCAGACGGCAUUGGCAGAGCUGAAGGCAGGUCAGACGGCAUUGGCAGAGCUGAAGGCAGGUCAGGAGGCAGGUCAGACGGCAUUGGCAGAGCUGAAGGCGAGUCACACCGCGAUUUCCAGCGACCUGGAGAAGAGUCAGACCGCAUUGGCAGAGCUGAAGGCAGGUCAGACGGCAUUGGCAGAGCUGAAGGCAGGUCAGGAGGCGGGUCAGACCGCAUUGGCAGAGCUGAAGGGAGGUCAGACGGCAGGUCAGACGGCAUUGGCAGAGCUGAAGGCAGCUCAGACGGCAGGUCAGACGGCAUUGGCAGAGCUGAAGGCAGGUCAGACGGCAUUGGCAGAGCUGAAGGCAGCUCAGACGGCAGGUCAGACAGCAUUGGCAGAGCUGAAGGCAGGUCAGGAGGCAGGUCAGACCGCAUUGGCAGAGCUGAAGGCAGGUCAGACGGCAUUGGCAGAGCUGAAGGCGAGUUACACCGCGAUUUGCAGCGACCUGGAGGCGAGUCAGAGCCUGCUGGCCAAAGUCUGGGAGGAGAUUCGCAGCAACAAAGGGCUUCUGAAUCAGACACUGAAAGACCUGGAGACGGACUACAAGAACAUGUCUCAGGAGCUGUCACAAGAGAACAAGGACUUCAGUUUGGGUUUGUCCAGCCUGCAGCAGAAAGUGGUGGAUCAGCCCACACUUAACAGGGAACUCCAUGGUCUCAUGCCCAGAGACUGCAGUGACGUCAUGGCGGCGGGAAAGUCCCAAAGUGGAGUCUAUACCAUCUUUAGCGGGUCCAACAGCUUCGAGGCUUACUGCAACAUGUGGCAGGACGGGGGAGGCUGGACCGUGAUCCAGAGGAGAAAGGACGGCUCCGUCGACUUCUUUCUGGGUUGGAACGACUAUCGAAACGGCUUUGGAGACCUCGCCGGAGAGCACUGGCUCGGCCUGCAAAACAUCCACGCUCUGACGGCCUCGGGCGCUUACCAGUUGCGGAUCGACUUCACCAUAUUCGACGGCCGCAAUUACUACGCUCUCUACGACGACUUUUCGGUGGGCCGGAACUCGCUGGACCCCGAGAAGGACGGCUACCCGCUGCUUGUGAGCGGCUACUCUGGAAACGCAGGCCAUAGCUUCAACGACCAUUCUGGGAUGAAGUUCACCACCAAAGACCGCGACCAAGACAAGAGGAUAGGUAGCAAUUGCGCCAAUGACUACAAGGGCGCUUGGUGGUACUACAGCUGUCACUUGUCCAACCUGAACGGGCUGUACAAGGCAACCGGCACCUGCGGCAGUAGCAAUGCAGUCUGGGAUAAUUUGGGGCCAUCACGGUAUGCCUGCCUGAGAUUCGUGGAGAUGAAGAUCCGGCCCAAAAAGUGAGCCGGCGGAGCCUGGGAACGGCAUCCCCGUGGGAUCACGUGGGUGCUGCCCGACGUCACCCAUUUGUGCAGCGCUCGUCAAGUAAGAUGGCGGUGCGCAAAUGUGUGUCGGAUUUGGCCCGGGUAAAUUGGCUUAAGUGCAAUUCCGAAUUUCACCAGAAGCUUGACACGAGAGAGACCUGACAAACGGUUAGUUGGAAGUUAGUUCCUCAAAAUGAACUGUUAUUAAAAAGCAGUUCGGCGCUGUUGCAGUUCCACAUUUCACCAGCAGACGGUGCCGAAUUUAGACUGACGUGACAUGGUAAAUCCUCGUUAGAUUAGUCGAAGUUAUUGACUCGGGAAACACGACCUGUUUUGAAUGGCACACACGCGCGCGCGCGCACACACACACACACACACACACUCACUCUUGGAUCAUUUUAGGAUGUUUUGCUUUGCUAUCAUAAAAUCCCUUACAUCUGUUAACAUAAGGAGUGUCCAUAAGCAUAGGGUAGCUACGAUUGAUUAUGUGUUAAGUUAGUGAGUGU